CACUUUGAGCAUCACUUCAUUUCUUUAUUUGUUCGUUUGUGUUUUUUCUUCGGUUUAAAAUCACCGGCAAUUUAAAAAAAAAAAACAAUGUUCGGAUCUCCAUGCCACUUGUGAUAUUAAGGGGCCCCUUGAUCGCAUUUUCAUAGGAAGCAUUGCACCCACAUGGGCAGUGUUUUGGCUUUGUCUUCUGGUUUGGGCCAUCACAACUGGCCUUUCUCUACGGGCUCUCCUCCUGCUCAUUGGGAUGCCCACCCUGCUCACUGGGACAGCCCACCACACUGGGAGAGGAGGGAUGGCCGUUUACCAAACCCUGGGAGCUUUCACUCUCUGCACAGGAGCUGCAAAGAUGUGUUUCCACAUCAGAUUGAAGGAAUCAAGAUGAUAAUCAAUAAAACUCUGAGCAGCUUCUUCAAGGUCAGUCACACUCUGCAUCUAAGAGCUGUUAGUCCCUCUUACUAUCGAUUCCAUGUGGAGCAUCUACAGUCGGACGAUUACAGCAAGGACAAGGACACCCCAGCUUUGAUCGGUGAGAUGGAUUCUUCGGGAAGUCUAAACGCUCAUGCUUUGCUACAUCUCAGUGAGCGUGUAAGAGCCCGCAUGGUGUUCCAGACACAGCAGUCCCAGUUUGUAACUUGGCAGUUUGAAACCGAAUACAGAGGGAAUGACUUCACUGCUGCAGUGACAGUAGCAAACCCAGACAUCGUCAGAGAGUCAGUUAUCCUUGUGGCACACUUCCUACAGAGUGUGUCUUCUGGACUGGUUUUGGGAGGGGAGCUGGUCUACCAUCGGGGCCGAGCAGAAGAAGGAGGGAUUCUUACUCUGGCUGGACAAUACUCAAGACCAAACUGGGUAGCCACACUGAAUGCUGGGAAAGGAGGUGCUCAUGCCAGCUACUAUCACAGAGCCAAUAAACAGAUCCAGGUUGGAGUGGAGUUUGAAGCCAGUACUCGCACACAGGAAACUACAACCUCAUUUGGGUACCAGAUGGAGCUUCCAGAAGCUAACAUGGUGUUUCGAGGUAUGGUGAACAGUCGGUGUAUAAUAGGAGGUGUGUUGGAGAAGCGCCUAACCCCGCUCCCUGCCACUCUGAUUAUGGGUGCUUUUGUAAAUCAUCGAGGUGACAAACUGCAAGUGGGCCUAGGAGUCAAUGUGGGAUAAUCCUCCACUAACCACUGCUGGAAAUAAAUCUCCUUGCUGUCCGAGUGUCUGCACACAGACCUUUUCAAGGGUAAUAACAAACUGAUCUUUCAAGGAUCAUGAGACUGGAAUGCUAUGAACUUUCUUACUCUCAUGGAUUGUGAGGGUGUUUAAUCACAAAUGGUUUUCUUGAUUCAAUGCAUCUGUUUACCUACCUCUCAGAAUGGGGGCUUUGCGAUUUGCUGACAAAUAAUUGAAUGGGACAGCACGGUGACUUAGUGGUUAGCGCUGUUGCCCCAUAGCAAGAAGGUUGUGGGAUCACUGCCCACCUGGGGCCUUUCUAUGUGAAGUUUGCAUGUUCUCUCUGUGUUU